CGGUCGAUGUUUUUUUCAACGUGUUUCAAUGUGAAGCGGUUUUUCGCGCGAAUUGGAAAUUCGCUUCGCACUUCGCACCGCGCUCACUGUGAAUUCGACCUAACACAACUGGUUUCGAACGAACAACGUGGUUUCCUAUCGGUCUAUUAUGACGAUUGACCUUGCUGGCUGGCAAUCGUAUACAACAGCGGGGCCUUUUGUUUUCGGCUGAUGAUGGUCUUCUGCGAUGCCGCGCACAAAACUUUAUCACUUUCGGGUAUAUCUGAUAACAGAGUGCCCUAACGGAACACACAUCCGGAUGAUCAGGGCAAAAUUCUUCACACACUAUGCUAUUUACGGAACACUAGCAGGAGCAACGAAACACUACCGCUUGUGGCGAGUGAUGUGGAACGAAUGGAAUCAGUGAAUGGGAAAACGUAGCUUUGUAGUAUGUAUAAGAACCUGUAUGAACGAUAGUUUCUCCGAUAUUGACGAUGGUUUGCAUAGUACCGACCUGUGGCGUGAAGCAAUCCACUGGUCAUCGAAUGCGGAGGCUACCUCGACACCCGGAACUGGCACAUCGAUGGCUGCAGGCAAUCGAAAUUGGCUGUCAGCAGCAAAACAUUCCAUGGGUUCGUGAGAAUUGGAUUUCGGCGGAGAUUUGCGACCAUCACUUCGAUGAAGACAAUCCUCUAUGCCCUUCCGGAGGGUAUCUUGAACCUUCACGAUUUUGCAACAGUUCAGGGGAAGCCUUAUCUGUAAAGUCAUGCCGACUUUGCCUACAAUUUUAUCAGCUAAACGAAGUCACAGAUUAUACGAAUUAUAUGAAUCUACGUUGUCCUGAGUUGAUCACUUUGAGGUCAAUCAACAAACUAAUUGCCUCGAGUGAAAACCUUCCCAAAUUUAUUUGUUUGGAGUGUGCUGCAAAACUUGAUAUACUACAAUCAAUUCUUCUAUUUUUCGACCAUUCAUAUAAAUGUUUUGAAUCUCUGGAAGCAUCACGUAACUUGAUGAUUGUAGCAGAAGACCGACAAAUAGAGCUGAGUGAAGUGGUGAUCAAAGACGAAAUUCCAGAUGACGAAACAAACGACUAUGAUCUAGAAACAGGAAUUGCAAGUGAUGUAACGAUCAUCAAAGCCGAAGGUCUACCAUCUGUAGAAUCAAACCACGAAGACUCAGUUGAAAAUAAACCAACAGAAACUGAAUCGUUUAGCUGCUCGGAAUGUCAUAAAUGCUUUUCAACAAAAGAUAAACUGAAACGACACAGAUGCCACAAACAUUCAAUCAUCAUCAGCGAAACAUCAGCGAAACAUCAGUGCGACAUAUGCAACAAAUUGUUUUUAUUCAAAUUCGAAUUGAUUAUGCAUCAGAGAAAGCAUACUGAUGAACGCAAUUUCGAAUGCCAGCACUGUGAUAAGAAGUUCAUUUUUAAGAGUCAUCUGGAUGGUCAUACUGCUAUGCAUCACAUGGGCCAGAGUUUUGAAUGCGAUAUAUGCAGGGAAUCGUUCAAUACUGAAAAAAGAUUAAAAAAUCAUCGUCGGACUCAUUUGGACGCAUUGCCUGAAGAAGAACGUAUCAGCUUCGAAUGUAAUGAAUGUGGAAAAUUUUUUUGUACAAAAUAUGAUAUGAAAAGACAUCAAGCUAAUGCUCAUAUUAAAGAACGGAACUUUGAGUGUGAUAUUUGUCACAAAACAUUCAAAACAAAAAGCGUGCUAAAAAUCCAUAUCGAACGACAUUCAGACGAGCGUAAGUUUGGUUGUAAUUUGUGCGGCAAAGCGUUAAAAACGAAAAGCUCCUUGGGGGUGCACAUCAAGAGACACACGAAUGAACGCAAAUUUGAAUGCGAAGGUUGUGGGAAAAAGUUUAAAACAAAGGAAUGUUUGGGAAAUCAUCAUCGAGUAACAUCAUGCAGGCCCGUUUCAGCUUUUCAGCUAUAGAAGUGGAUAAGUCUUUCGUAUUUGAAGAAUUUAGAGUGUUUAUUCUAUUGACUGCUGAUUAAAAACAUAAUACAAGAUCUUAGCAAUUCCGUUGGAAA